CGGCGGCGCCGGCCCGGGGCGCGUGCGGCCCCUCAGUGGGGGCGGGCGGGGGAGAAGUGGGGCCGGCGGCCGGAGCAGGAAACGCCGCGGGCGGCGGUGAGGCCUUGAGCGGAGCGGAGCGGCGCGGGACACCCGCCGCUCCGCGGUCAAAGGCUUUGAAGUAACCAUGGAUAAAAGAGGAGGUGCAACAGAAACUGAAAAUGGCGAUGCUUUCCUGGAGCUGAACAGAAUUACAACUAAAUACCCACAUCGUUACACAAAGGAGGAAUUGCUGGAUAUUAAAGAGCGUCCCUACUCUAAGAAAAGACCUUCUUGUCUUUCUGAAAAAUAUGACAGUGAUGGUGUCUGGGAUCCAGAGAAGUGGCAUGCAUCUUUAUAUCCAACUUCAGGAAGAACUUCACCAGUGGAAAGCUUUAAAAAAGAUUUGGAUUCAGAUCGGACUUCUCUUAUGCGCAGGAUAGUAGAUCCAAGAGAGCGAGUGAAAGAAGAUGACUUGGAUGUAGUCCUGAGUCCCCAGAGGCGAAGCUUUGGGGGUGGCUGCCAUGUGACGGCGUCGGUCAGCUCCCGUCGGGCAGGCAGCCCCCUGGAGAAGGACAGCGACGGCGUCCGCGUCAUCGGCGGCCGCAGGAUCGGCAGUGGCAGGAUCAUCUCCUCCAGGAACUUCGACAAAGACCAUCGGGGUGGUGACUCCAGGGACGCAAGAGACCGGGAUCGUGACAGGGACUACAAAGAUAAACGCUUCAGGAGGGAAUUUGGUGACAGUAAACGUGUCUUUGGAGAGCGAAGAAGGAAUGAUUCCUACACUGAAGAGGAACCUGAGUGGUUCUCUGCUGGGCCUACAAGUCAGUCUGAAACCAUUGAGCUCACAGGCUUUGAUGAUAAAAUUCUGGAGGAAGAUCACAAAGGGAGAAAACGUACGAGGCGACGCACGGCCUCUCUGAAAGAAGGCAUAGAAUGCAAUGGUGGAGUGGCAGAAGAGGAUGAAGUGCAAGCUGUCCUUGCCAAUGAAACUCCAGCAGAUCAAGAAGUUCCUAGAGAAGCUGUUCUACAAGAACCAGCUCCAGGAGAGUUUGACUUCAAUGAGUUCUUUAACUUGGAUAAAAGUGUUCCUGGCCUGGCUUCAAUGAUAGAAGAUGUGCUGGGGGAAGGUUCAGUGUCUGCCAGCAGGUUCAGCAGGUGGUUUUCUAAUCCCAGUCGUUCUGGAAGUCGGUCAAGCAGCUUGAGAUCUACCCCUCAUGAGGAACUGGAGAGGCUAGCAGGUCUAGAGCAAGCCAUUCUCUCCCCUGGCCAGAACUCUGGAAACUACUUUGCUCCCAUUCCAUUGGAAGACCACUCUGAAAACAAAGUGGACAUCCUAGAAAUGCUACAGAAAGCCAAAGUGGACUUAAAACCUCUUCUCUCAAGUCUUUCAGCCAACAAGGAAAAGCUUAGAGAGAGCACACAUUCAGGAGUUGUACUUUCAGUGGAGGAAGUUGAAGCUGGGCUAAAAGGUCUGAAAGUGGAUCAGGAGGGGAAAAUUGCCACUCCCUUUAUGGCUGAGCAGAUGGAAGAAGCCCUGAAUGUCAGUGGCUCCAGACAGAUGAAGAAGGAUGGGGAUAUGACUGCGUUUAACAAACUCGUCAGCAGCAUGAAGGCAAGCGGGACUCUGCCUUCACAGCCCAAAGUCAAUCAGAGCCUUGAAAGCCACUUAAUGUCACCUCCAGAGAUGUCAGGCCAGCCUCUGUCAAAGAAUAUUCUGCAGGAACUUCUUGGUCCACCUAUUACCAGACCUGCUUCAUCGAAUGUCUUAAGUGGCCUGAUAGGUGGUUUGGAGCCUGCAGCCUCUCUGCUGACACAGAGAGCCCCCUCUCCCCCCAUCCCACCCGUGUUCCCCACACGAGCUGCUUCUGCAGAUUACCUGCGCCACAGAAUCUCUUCACCCAUUGGUUUUGGACAAGGUUCUCAGCAAUUGCUUGGUGAUCCAUUUCCAGGUGUAAGGAAGCCCAUGAGCCCAGUUGCUGCACAGAUGAGUCCCCUGGAGAUCCAGCAAGCUGCAUUAGAGGGACUGGCACUCCCACAUGACUUGGCCAUACAUGCAGCAAAUUUCUAUCAGCAUGGCUUUGGUAAACCACAAAUGGACAAAAGCAGAGAUGGCUACAGAAACAGGCAGCAGCGAAUGACGAAAUCCCCUGCACCAGGACACAGAGGGAAUGCAUCUUCUCCAGCCCCUGCAGCAUCCAUUACGAGCAUGCUGUCUCCUUCCUUCACACCUACCUCGGUGAUUCGCAAGAUGUAUGAGAGCAAAGAGAAAAGCAAAGAGGAUCCAGUUUCUGGGAAAAUGAAAAUCAGUGAUGUUAAAGAUGAAAAUCAGAGACCAAAUGAAGGUACCAAACUACCUGCACUGCAGCGCUCUGCAUGUUCCACACCUCUUACCCAAGCAAAUCGUUGCACCAAAGAGCAAGACUACAGGCCCAAAUCAGCUGGUAGGAAGACUCCUACAAUGGCCUCCCCAGUACCAGGAGGCCCUUUUCUUCGUCCUGUUCAUCAAGUACCCCUUGUUCCCCAUGUACCACUUGUACGACCUGCUCAUCAACUGCACCCAGGAUUGGUCCAGAGAAUGAUGGCACAGGGGGUCCAUCCGCAACAUCUUCCUCUGCUGCAAGCAGGUAUGCUUCCUCCUGGAGUGGACCUGUCUCACUUGCAGGGAAUAUCUACUCCCAUCCUUGGCCAGCCUUUUUAUCCACUACCAACAGCAAGUCAUCACAUCUUAAAUCCACGCUCGGGGACACCUUUGCAGCUCGCCAUGAUGCAACAGCAGCUACAACGAUCAGGCUCUGGAGCACAGGGAUCACCUGCUGGUGCACAAACAACCCCUCAAAAUGUGCUGCCUCGGACUGGAUUAUCUCACGGGCACACACAGCUUGACCAUCGCCCCAGCCAGAGAAGUGGCUCUCCCAUUGGCCUUGCAAAAUGGUUUGGUUCAGAUGUCUUGCAGCAGCCUCUUCCAUCCAUGCCAUCCAAAGUCAUCAGUGUAGAUGAACUGGAAUUCCGGCAGUGAACAGUGACCACUGGGUGGAACACUUGCGAUUCUUUAGACUGGAUGGGAAUGUCCAUAGUCAGGACUUCACCUCUGUUUGGUUUUUUGGGGCUUUUAUUUUUAGCACUCCUGUGCAGAAUUUCCUUUUGAGAGACUAAAGCACAUGGCACCUGUCCUGGUCUCAUGUCUGCAUCAAGACUAAAAGAUCCAUUAUGGCUUGGAUAGUGAAGCCUGAAGAAAUUUAGAUGCACGACAAAGCCAGUUUAAUCCUGGAAGUGUCUAUUUUUUUGUUUGUUUUUGUAAGAUAUGUGAAUGAAGUGCUGAUAUUCUCUAGUGUAGAGGUAGCAGCUAUGGAUUCCUUCUGCAGAAAACUACAUGUAUAGACCCUUCUGUACAGAUUUGUGUAUAAACAAUCUUUUGUACAUACACACCUAGAAUAGCCUUUUUGAAUCUAUACAGCUGUACAUAAGAGUAGCUGAUAACAGUUGAGCUUUAGUUGUGCCUAUGGUUUGGACCUUUCUCCAUUGUACGUGUGGGACUUUCUUUAAGAUUAAAGUUGCAUAUCCUAAGUGUGAGUGAACAGGAUGAAGUUGCUUUGCCUUUUCUUGCUGCUCAUCUCUAGGUCUCCCUCUCACAUUUUUCUGUCAUGUACUGUGCACUCAGUGUAGCUAAAGUUCAAAGUAAAAGCCCACAUCUUGCUGUCUAUGUAACAGAGGUCUGAUUCCCUGUGACUCUUGCCACCAAAUGAGAGAAUUGUUUAGUCUUCAAAAGCCUUGAGGAUGGAACCUGGUGCAGUCAUGAUAAAGCCAGAUCUUCAGUCUGUAGGUACCUACUGGUUGUUGCUCUUUCAAGAGGGCUGCUGUUGGUCCUUAUUUAGCUGCAGUAUUUUCCUUGUUUUAAUCUUUCAAGCCAGUUAUUAAGGUCAUCAAAAUGGAGCCUUGGAAUCCUCACCCUUCAACUCCUCAGUCAUAGCUGUGGGUAUUCUGUACUGCCUUCAGUGCUGUUCAUAGAAGGGAGUCCCAAGAACUGUCCUCAAUCUAGUGUGCAUCUGGUGAUGCCAUUACUGUGAAACUUGCCUUUGGAGUCUUGUUCUGUGGCUUGAAAGGGGGAGGAUGGGGUAGUUUUGUGAUCUUACUGUGUAUAUUUGGUUUUAAAAUACGAUGUUCCUUUUAAGCCUGUUUCACUUCCCUGAAGAGUUAAAUGUUCUUUUCCAUUCUUGUGCAUGGUUCCUCACUUCACUCCCUCACUUGUGUUGAGUCUAGUUCUGCUGUCAUGUCCUACCUAGCUUAGGCCAUUGUGCUCUUUUAAGAGGUGAAAGUAAAACCAGAACUCUCACAGACUUGCUCUUUCUUAGGUCUCACUGAAAGCAAAACCAGCAGCAGGGAAAAAAAAAAUCACUUGUCUGUAUUUUAUAACCCUUGCCAGUGUGCUGUGGUGCGUUUGUUUCAGUCCAGCAGAGACAGUGUUGUAUGGAAAUAGCAAGCUGCAAUCUCCAACGUGGAAGCUGUUGGAGGUCGCCCAUACUUCUAGUGGUUGUUCCCAAAACAAUCCCUGUAAAACAUGCAAUCACCAGCUUGUCCUUGUAAGAUUGUUUUCAUACUUUUUUUAACUUGACACUUUCCCAGUAACAUUCUGUAAAUAAAGUUGAUUCUACCAGC